AUCUGUGUCCGGGUACUGCAGAGGAAACGACCCCGGACUGUUAUAGCGCAGGUGACGAUCAACCGUUCCGUUCUUACAUAUAGCAGGAAUCAAGAAAUUAGACGCCACGCAGAAGGUUAAUUGCUGGGACGUUUGGAUCGCACAUUUCUUCAAGGGCAUUGCUCAGCUUAUCCUCUGCACUAAUACAGUCUUGGUGAAAUGCGAGCGAAGAUUGAAGAUGGUGUCGUGUAUUCGCCAUUCCCUGUGGCCGAUAUGCCGUGCUGUUCGUUCUAUACCGCUGCCAAAGAGGCUCUCCACGAUCAGCCUGACAAGCUCGCAUUGGCGGACGGCUCUGUCUCACUAACCCGCAGAGGCCUCUUCGUGCUCAUGCAAGCCUAUGGAGCAGGUUUCCAGAAGCAUGGUGUAAAACCUGGAGACAGAAUCUGCGUGCAUCUCAGCAACAGUGUGCGCAACUUUGCAGCAAUGUGGGGCUGCGUCUUCGCUGGUGCAAGCGUCGUGCUUGCGAAAACAUCUCUCACCGCACGUGAACUGCACUACCAACUGAACGACAGCGACAGCACUCACAUACUCACGGAGGACACUUUUGCUGAAAAAUCACUCUUGGCGGCAUCGUCACUUCAACUAAAGGGUUUCUUUACAAUGGGCUCCGCAGAAGGGUUUGUAUCAACGGCGACAUUUCCCGAGCUCGAAGAGGAUUUUUUCCGUGAAGUCCCAGUCGAAGAUCCAAGAAACUGUGUGCUCGGCAUCUGUUAUACGUCGGGCACAACAGGGCUCCCGAAAGGCGUGGUCGUCACUCACUUCGGCUUCGUCGCAAAUAUAGCAAUCGCUGGGUAUGCAAGUCCACCUUAUAUCUAGCUGUGCAAAACGCAGGUUCUUAUUAUAGUCAGUCAAUUAUA